CCCUGUGCUGCUCCCGUCUCUCCCAAACACACAAACAUGGCCGCCUCUGCGACGAGCGGCACGAACACCAGCCACAACACGACCCCGGGCAGCCUUAAGGGCAGCGGGGAAUCUCCGGCUCCCUGCCGGGACAUAAUCAGACCCUCCAUCACGGAGCUGACCAAAGAAGUGAGGAAGAACAUCCUGUGCACCGUGCAGGGAUGUGGCAAGAUCCUGCCCAACACACCUGCACUGAACAUGCAUCUGGUCAAGUCGCACAGAAUCAAGGAUGGCAUUGUCAAUCCCACAAUCAGAAAGGACCUGAAGGGCUCUCAGAAACUUUACUGCUGUCCCGUUGAGGGGUGUCCAAGGGGGCCCAACAGGCCCUUCUCCCAGUUCUCCCUGGUUAAGCAGCACUACAUGAAGAUGCAUGCAGAGAAGAAACACAAGUGCUCCAAGUGUAACAAUGGCUACAGCACAGAAUGGGACCUAAAGAGACACAUAGAAGACUGUGGGAAGACCUACCAGUGUACGUGUGGUUGUCCGUAUGCCAGCAGAGCUGCUCUGCUCUCGCACAUCUACAGGACCGGCCAUGAAAUUCCUACAGAACACAGAGUCCCUCCAGUAAAAAAGCGAAAGAUGGAGAAACUGUUAAGUGGUUCUGAAAAGGUUAAGAGCAAUGAGUUGACGGCACUCAUCAAGCCUGCUUCUAACGACCUGCCAGAGACGGCUCUCCCCUCCGAGUCAACAAUAAUCAUCCCAGAUUCAACAAACCAGAGCUCCAAUCCCCAUAAGAGCCUUCAGAAGAUUCUCCUACCAAAACCCAAAAUGGCUUUGGUCAGUGUUCCUGUUAUGCAGCUUGCUCAUCUCCCUGUCCUCCUUCCAUCCACAGAUAGUGGGGCUCUGAGACCCGUAGUCCUAGCAUUAGACAACCAGGGUUCCAUCAGCACCCUUCAGCUCCUCACACAAACCAUGGGGGCAAUGGUUCCUCAACUGGAAGCAAAGCAUUUAACUUUCAAGGAUAACAAAGCCACGUCCCGCUCUAGCCAGGGUCCCAUUAGCACCGGAGUGCAGGUCAGCCUGGAUCUGCUGAGUGCAGAUGACUCCAACAGUCUGGGAGGACAACGUGGAAGAAGCACCUCCACUAACAUUCAGACGGACAAAUCCUACUUGUCAAAAGGGCCCACAGGGGUUGGAGAGGGCAUGGGGUUGUGCUCUAUGAGCGAGUCCUCGGUGUCAUCGUGCUCCCAAACGGAUAUCAGCGUGAGCGCCCAGGUCCUCCUCCCAGUCAGCGUGGAAACCCAGACGUUCUUUUCCAGAGCCAAAUCCACAUCGUCUAUUGGAGCUCAAACAGACAGCCAGUGUCCGGGCCAACAUCCUUGCCCCUCUUCCUCUGUGCUGCCAUACAAAACCAGACAGACACAGACACACACCACCAUGCCGCAGCAAGAGGAGAAAACCCAAGACCAGACUAUCAUGUGCUCUGAGCUGUUUAGUAAUGAGCCCCUCAGUGUUUCUACCCAAACAGCCCUGGAGAUGGAUGGCACCCUGGGUGCUGCAGGAAGUAGUAUGUAUGAUGAUUCAAAGUCGGUGGGUAGCAUGUGUUUUGGGGUGCAGACAAAUGAGCUGAAUGCAAACAACAUGGCCGACAACCAGACCCAAACCAUGACUCUGUUAAAUGACCUGGAAAACAUCCUGUCAGGCCACCACGUGCUCACGGAGACGUCCGUGGGCUGCGGCUCGGGGCUCAGCUCUGUUCAGGAGCAACACAGUGGAAUUGACUUUGACUUUGAGGAGUUCCUCAACGCCGUGCACAUUCAGACUCAGACCGAGGAGAGUGAGCUGGGUGGACUGGGCGGUGACACACCGCUCGAAUCUUUGGACAUUCAAACGCAAACAGACUUUCUUCUGAUGGAUGAACUGGACCAAACCGUGGGACCAAGUCGACCCCAGGCCAGCGACCUGGAGCUAUUCGACACUCAAACCCAGACCGACCUCAAUUUCCUACUAAAUGCCGGAAGCACCAUGCCUCUGAGCAACAUACUGCGACAUUCAAGCUUUUCUAUUAGCACAGAGUCCUCAGAUACUGAAACGCAGACAGAUCUCCCUUCAUUUGCAGGAGGUCCUCCGUUGCAGACCCACAUAGGUCAAGCUGAUCAUGCAAGGUUGCUGAACAGCACAGAGACGCAGACUGUUACCAGCCAGGCAGAAGGCCUCGGACAACUCUUCCUGACCAGCAAUGAAACGCAGACCGUCAUGGACGACUUCUUGUCAGCAGACCUGGCGUGGAACAUGGAGUCUCAUUUCAGCUCCGUGGAAACGCAGACAUGUGAGGAGCUUUGUGCUCUCUUUCAGCACACUCAGAAACCCAACAGCUGAAACCUUACUAGCAAAGCUUUCAAGUGUGGGGUUUUGAUAUGUGCGUCCUCCUUUUAAGAGGAAGAUGUCUAUGUUGUCCACUGAGGGACCAUAGUCUUAUCAGUAAGAAGUCGACAAAAAUAUGUUCGGCCAUUCCAAUGAGGCACCAAGUUCAAAGCCUUUCCAGGUCAAAAUCCUGACAGCUUUGCUGCACUUUAUUAGCUCAAUGGGAAUAAUUUCUCAGCUCUUGUGACAGUUUACAUAUUUAUUUGCACAUGAAGUAACAUAUUGUAUGUGUCUUGUCAGAAAUGCCAUUUAACUUGUGUAGUUCAUAUUAAAACCACUGUGACGGGUAUCUUCUUUUUGGUCUUACUAGCAGUGACAUAUUGGCUUCACGUUUCAUAAAUGUUACAGCUGCACUUAGGGGGUGACAUCAUUAGCUGCAUGCAGCUGUCUUAAAAAAGAAAAAAGAAAAAAAAAGUUAGUGAAGUUGUUAUCAGAUGUUACAUUUUUUUCCGAAACAAUCAUUGCAGUGCAGUAUGUAAUAUUGUACAUUUUAGUUUACACAUGAAUUAUGCAUGAAGCCUUCGUGAGGUCAGCAGGACCUUGUUAGUGUAUCUGAAGGCUUCAUUUUCAAUGUUAACAUCUCGAACAAUACUGCUUUAGAUUCUGCAAGCUUUGAAACUAAUGGAAGCUGUCUUCAGUUGGAAUCAGCUUGUAGUUCAGAUCGGAGCCCUCUACCAGUCAACUGGUCAUUGCUCAUAACAAUUCAGACAGAUCUCUGAAAUAUACAAAUGUGGCACAAGUAAAAGUGAAAUGUUGUCAUGUCAGUAGUUGCACACUUAAUUGAAUUAUGAUUAUUAAGUCUGAUGUUCUGUAAAGACUUUUUUUGUGUGUGUGUGUGUCCAAGUUCUAGUUCAUCAGUCCAAGUCCGUAAGCAGGCCAGGCUGUCACCAACUUUAACUCAUUCAUUAGAGUGUAAAUGUGUACAGUAGCAGUACUACGUGCUGAUGCAACGUCCCUGUGCAGUAGCUCGCUGGAUUAGAGCUAGGAUUAGCGCUUACUCUAUGUAUUUAGCAGAUGAUACGGACUGAAAGGAGUCCUGUUACAUAUGAUACUUUUCUCAUAUAAGAUUUGGGAAAAAUGUUUUAAGUUUAUUUCGCUUUUCCAAGUGGCGACCCCACCCCCCAUAUUAUACUGUUGAACUCUGUUACCUCACAGGCACCACACGCAAAGAAACAGAGCCACAACAGAGCCAAAAGCCUUGUUUAUUUGUUAGUUUUGUUUAGUCGGUGCCUUAUUCUGAGUAUUAGUCCUGCUACAGAUAAUUUGCUGCUUUGAGUUAAUAUUUAUUCUGGAGUAUGUUUAAAAAGUUAAUAAACACUAGAUAUUUGUCAGAAUCCGUUCAGUCUUUGCAUUGCAUGUUUAAUCCAUUCUGCAAGUGCUUUCAUCAUUUUUGCAUGAAAUACUGGAAAGUCCUGCUUGUUAUCUGUAUUUUCUAUAAAUGUACUUGUUUUUUUCGCAUGCAAAUUAUGCUAAGAAGCAUCUCAUUAUAGAGAAUUACUUUGAUUCCAUCGUAUAAUUUUUUUAUGGGCAUGUGAUUUAUGUUACUGUUUAGAAAUAUUUGCAGAAACUGAAGAAUGUACAGAAAAUGACACCGUGCCCUAGUAUUAUUUCCAUUGUUUUUGCACCACAUCUAACUUGCUGAGAGAUUAUUUUUUUUCCCCCUGUUGAGAUGUUUUGACAGAUUUUCAAUUUUGGUGUUUAUUGUUUUGAGAUCUGUACUUCCAGUUUGUGAUUCUUGAAUUCAAAGCGACAUUGCUGCUCCCCACAGGUUUAAAAGAUCAGAGAAAUGCCUUGCUUCAAACGGAAUUAUGUGUAGAAACUUUGUCGGUCUUAAGUGUCAGUGACAGUGCUUUAUUUUCUCCCCAUGAGGGAGUGCAUGCACAUAUUGUUCCAGCACAAAAUAUUGGUGUUAGAAUUUGAGUUUCUGUUGCCUAUAUGUGUAGAGUUGAUGAUUGCCUUGAUUAACUGGUUAAGCUACACAAAAAUAUCUCGCUAAUAAAUUACUGGAAAUUGAAUUGAACAUUUCUUGUCACUUUUUUUAAGAUUCUGGAAGAAAAGAAAAGCUUGUAUUAUUUGAGUUCAUUUAAUUUUAAAAUAAUUGGUUUGCAAAACGUAAGGGGUUGCUAUGUAUCAGUUUUUGUGGUUUGAUUUGAGCAAAGUAUAAGAAACCCCUUGAGAGUUUCUUCAAUUUCCUA